GUUCAGGAUCCCGCUGGGAUGUCUGCUUUACAGAAGUUGACCACACGAAUCAGGCAGAUAAAGGCUAUUCCUUGGAAGCCACUGGGAUGGAAGCUAUUCCACUUUGGGGACAUUCCAUAUAAGCCAAGCAGAGCAUAGAAUUCCUGCUCAAAUGGGGCUUCGAAAGGAAAGAACUGCUUUACGGGGACAAUUCGGAAUAGAUUUAGGAAGACAGGCCGGCCCAUGAAAGACUCGUUAGCUGCCAGAAAAUCAGGAAACACGUCUUUAAACCCACUUCUUAGUGUGAUGCCACCGUUCCUGCCCACGGUGGCAAGGAAGUAGCCUGGUAUGGAAACGCCACGCCUGGGUUCAGUGCCUGUUCACAGGAUUCUCCACUCUCCGCGGGAUCCUGCGCGCUCCAGGCCCGUCGGGCAGGGGGAUGCUGGCCUUGCUGCUCUGCGGACUGUCCUUCGCUCUUCCACCCUUUGUCCGAGCAGAUGCAUGCAAGGAUGUUAGUCUGCAAAAUGAGGCACCUUCAGCAGGCCAACCUUUUGCUUUUGACUGUACACACCCACCACUAACAUCUGGGAAAGCACAUGUAACAUGGUAUAAAUAUCCUAGCAAAAUCCCAGUGUCCAAAAACACACAGUCUAGAAUUCACCAGGAGCAAAACUGGAUUUUGUUUCUCCCCCUGACACAGGAGGACUCUGGGAUCUACCAAUGUGUUAUAAACGGCACAGACACCUGUCACAGAACACACGUUAACCUCACUGUGUUAAGAAAAGACUGGUGUGGUAUUUCUGGAAACGGCCAGCUGAUUUUAUCAGAUGAGUACAAACAAAUACAAAUACUUCACGAAGGAAGGGACAACAGCCUUACCUGUCAUCUGAACUUCCCACAGAGUUGUGUUUUGGAUUCACUGAAGUGGUAUAAGGACUGUGAAGAGAUUAAAGGAGAACGGUUUAUUUCCUGGGAAAUGAAGCUUUCAGUGAGCAAUGUUUCGGCAGAGGAUGGAGGGAGCUAUGCAUGUCAAGCCCGACUGACACACACAGGGAGACAGUACACUGUUUUAAACAGCAUCACCGUGAAUAUCGCAGAAACAAAUGGAUAUGCAGGAAGAAUUCCUAAAAUCAUUUAUCCAAAAAACAAUUCAAUUGAAGUACAACUAGGCUCCCCUCUUAUUGUGGACUGCAAUAUCACAGACACAAGGGAUAAUACAAAUCUCCGGUGCUGGAGAGUGAAUAAUAUGUUGGUGGAUGAUUAUUAUAAUGAAUCCAGACGCAUCAGAGAAGGAUUUGAGUCACACAUUUUUUCCCAGAAAGAUAUAUUUUACACAGUGAACAUAACCUUCUUGGAAGUGAAAAUGGAAGAUUACGGCCAUCCUUUUGUCUGUCAUGCUGGAGUGUCCGCAGCAUAUUUUAUUUUAAAACGCCCAGCUCCGAAUGUUCAAGCUUACUUGAUAGGAGGACUUUUCGCCUUGGUAGGGGCAACAGCGUCUGUCAUGUACCUCUACAGCAUUUUUAAGAUCGACAUUGUACUCUGGUAUCGAAGCGCUUUCCAUUCUCCCGGGAGCAAAGAAGAUGGCAAGGUCUAUGAUGCCUAUGUCUUAUACCCUAAACCUCAAAGAGAAAUCCAGAGCCAUGAGGUAGACACACUGGUGUGGAAGAUUCUGCCUGAGGUGCUGGAGAGGCAGUGUGGAUAUAAAUUAUUUAUAUUUGGCAGGGAUGAAUUUCCUGGACAAGCGGUGGCCAACGUCAUCGAUGAAAACAUCAAGCUAUGCCGGAGGCUGAUCAUUGUCUUAGUUCCCGAAUCCCUGAGCUUUGACGUGUUAAAGAACACGUCGGAAGAACAAAUUGCAGUCUACAAUGCACUCAUCCAGGACGGCAUGAAGGUCAUCCUGAUUGAACUAGAGAAGGUCAAGGACUACACGGCCAUGCCGCAGUCAAUUCAGUACAUCAAGCAGAAGCACGGAGCCAUCCAGUGGAGCGGGGACCUCACAGAACAGUCACAGUGUGCCAAGACCAAGUUCUGGAAAAAAGUGAGGUACCAUAUGCCACCCAAAAGGCCUCCACCAUCUUUUUCCGCCCAGCCGCUGAAGCACAUGUCCUGACCCCUCCUGGUUGGCUAGUGGGGGCCCGACAUGGGGUUGGUCACCUGUGAUGGCAUUGUUGGUGUGGGGUGGUUCACGGAUGGCAUGGAUGCCUGGCAUUUAGCCGUCGGCUUGAAGCUUGCCGUUGUGUCCUUGUUGUGGCAGGACCUCUGUCUGUUGCUUGUUUGGGUCAGAGCUCCCUCUUUAGGGAGAGAUGUCACCCUUCCAGAAGGCCUUCAUUCACUUAUGGACUCUAAUGGGCACUCCCCAUACACAGAGCCCCUGGGGAAUGGGACAUGGAGGACUGUAGAGUGGCAGGUGAGAUGUCAAGAAGUUAGGUGCGUGGUGUGGCAUCUGUGGGGCCAGAGACAGAAGUUAGGGGAUGGCAGGAGGCAAUCUGUGGGCUUGGAGAGGGCUGGCAAGAACUGCAAUUUUUCUUGACCAUAAUCUUAGCACAUGGAUACUGGAAGCCAUGUAGUGGUCACACAGACCAGUGGGGACCAAGUGUGGCCCCACUGGGAUUGCCCAUUAAUCACCCUCCUGUUGGGCCCCAGCCUUGAAAGACUUGAUCUCUCCAAUCAAAAUAAGUAACACUUCAUUUCUUUCUCCAGCUGGCUUCUGAAGGCUGGGAUUCUGAGCAGCAUGAGAGACACAAUUAGCACACCGAGAUGAUGCAAUUCUAGUCCACAUAAAACAAAGAAAUCUUUAGGUUAGCCCGCAUCCCCUCAUCACAGGUGCAUUUAUGAUUUAACAAGGCACAAGGAUUUUUGAUGCUAAAAUUUAGCUGGAAAUUCAUCACUACUUUCAAAGACCCUGACCUGAGGAGCUGAGAUAGAGUACAACACUCUCAUUCCAUGGUUGAGGAUGUCAAGUCCUAACAAGUGGCCUGCUGGGGUCAGAAUGUUUAUGUUGCCCCAAUUCACAUGUUGCCGUCCUAACACCCAAUGUCAUGGUAUUGGGAGGUAGGGCCAUCUGGAGGUGAUUGGGUCAGAAGGGCGGAGACCUCCUGAAUAGGAUUAGUACUCUCAUGGGAGAUAGCCCAAGAAAUCCCUUGCCACUUCAGCCAUGUGAAGACACAGCAAGAAGUCUGUUACCUGAAAGAAUUUCCCCACCUGACCACGAGGGCACCUGUUCUCAGACUUCUUGCCUCCAUCACUAUGAGAAAUAAAUUUCCUUUGUUUAGCCUAUGGUAUCUCACGAUAGCACCCCAAGCAGUCUAAGGCAUGGCCCUAGUGAAGGGUCCAUGGGGACUGGAUGGGGGUCAGCCAGUGGGCAGGACAGGGGAGGAGGACUGGGGAGGAGGAGGGGUGAAUUGGGAGAACAGGAAGCCCAGCCUGCAGAAAAGAGCGGAAUGUAUGGGCAGGAGCAGAGAGCAGGAACAGGUGGCCUUCACAGGCUACAGAUAGAUGGAGUGUCUGGUGGGCUCUGAGAUGAUAAAGAGCCUACUCCAGUCUUCUAGCAUCUGUGCUCCAAGGUGACCCAACAUUGGGUCAAGAUGACAUAUUUCUUUCUUUCUUUUUUUUUUGUUUAAAGAUUUUAUGUAUUUAUUUGACAAACAGAGAUCACAAGUAGGCAGAGAGGCAGGUGGGGUGGAGGGGGAAGCAGGCUCCCUGCUGAACAGAGAGCCUGAUGUGGGGCUGGAUCCCAGGACCCUGAGAUCAUGACCUGAGCUGAAGGCAGAGGCUUUUACCCACUGAGCCACCCAGGUGCCCCACAUGACACAUUUCUUUGUCAUCAUAUGCUGGUUCUCACUUAACAUGAGGCCACUCUUUAUUUUAUUUAACAUUUGCUCUUUAAAGAUUUUUUAAAAAAGAUUUUAUUUAUUUAUUUGAGCGAGAGAGAGAGAGAGAGAGAACUCAAGCAGGGGGAGGGACAGAGAGAGAAGCAGGCUUCCUGCUGAGCAGAGAGCCCGAUGUGGGGCUCCAUUGCAGGACCCUGAGAUCAUGACCUGAGCCAAGAGCAGAGGCUUAACAACUGAGUCACCCAGGAGCCCCUAAAGAUUUUCUAAAAUUGUGGUAAAAUACAUGUCAUGCAAAAUUUACCACUGCGACCAUUGGUAAGUGUACAGUUCCAGUGACUAACUUUUAUAAAUGACUGUAUCCACACAGCACAAGUUGAGGCUGUCAGAAAAAAGAAAACCAAUCCAUCCGGGCAAAGGUAUUUUCUGAAAACCUAGGACUACUGGGAGGCCAGCGCUAUUGGUGAAUUUCUUAGUUGGACUGAUUUUUUGUCAGAAACUUCCCUCACCUCCAACAUGUGCCCUAUGUUUCUUUUUGCUUAAAAAUAUGUAAAGGUGUAUUAUUAGGGCAAUAGCAAUGAAUUAUAUCAGCACAUUGUAA